CCAAAUCCUCAGGAAUACAUUAUAUACACCUCGUCACGAAAUACAAAAUAUCGUCAGUACUGCUCAGUUUGCGUUCAGGAUUGCCGGUAAAAGCGCGCGUUGGUACCACCAUCGUCGACCAACAUCGUACGCGUCUAAAAAUGAGCAAUUUACGAUUUUUUCCAAAUUUAAUCUAGUCUCAGGUGUGUUCGUAGUGAAAUUCUUUUUUUUUGUUUACCGUGUUAUCUAAAGGACUUUUAUCAUUGGAAUAUUUUUUUACAAUAAAGGCUUUUUCUGAAAAUGAUCAAAGUAGACGAGAGUGAUCCUAUCGGAGAAAUAGACCUCAGCUUUCCAUAUAGAGAUGUCAAAAUUAAAAGAAAUGCCGACCCAAAAGAAGAGUACACUUUGGAAGAAGAAAUUGGCAGAGGAAAAUUCGGUACAGUAUACAAGUGCAAAGAAAAAUCGUCUGGCCUUUGUUUAGCUGCCAAGUUCAUAUCGUGUCCCAAGAAAGAAGAUAAAAGAAAUGUGGAGAGAGAAAUAGAUAUAAUGCGUAUGCUGCAACAUCCCAGACUGAUCCAAUUGUACGAUGCCUACGAAAACGGAAAAGUCAUGUGGGUCAUUCUCGAAUUGAUAGAAGGAGGCGAGCUCUUCGAAAGGGUCAUCGAUGACGACUUCAUCCUAACCGAGAAGGCUUGCACGAUAUUUAUGAGACAGAUAUGCGAAGGAGUCGACUUCAUUCACAAACAGAGAAUCCUACAUUUGGAUAUGAAGCCAGAGAACAUCCUGUGUCUAACGAAAACCGGCAACAGGAUCAAGAUAAUCGACUUCGGCUUAGCCAGGAAGUACGACCCCGAUAAGAAGUUGCAAGUCCUGUUUGGUACUCCUGAAUUUGUAGCGCCGGAAGUGGUCAAUUUCGACGCCAUCGGCUACGGUACUGAUAUGUGGUCAGUCGGAGUGAUUUGCUACGUCUUAUUGUCCGGCUUGUCACCAUUUAUGGGAUCCACAGAUGUGGAAACCAUGGCUAACGUCACCAUAGCCAAGUACGAUUUUGACGAUGAAGCUUUCCAGAAUAUUUCGGAAAAUGCCAAAGAUUUUAUCAAGAAAUUGCUGAUAAAAGAUCUUCAUCAGAGAAUGACAGCAGAAGAAUGCCUGCAACACGAUUGGCUCAGGAGGAAAAAGCCCAUCCUGCAAAGGGUCAGUUCGAUGGACGUCGCCAAGGACAACCUCAAGGUAUUCGUGGAACGAUGGAAUGAACAUCCAAAUUCGCCUUACGUCUUUGAAAUAUCCGAUGGUGACGUCGAGUUACUGAAAGGAGACACCGGAAGUGAAUCUUCGCAUUCCUUGAUAGCAGACUCACCUUCUCCAUGUGGCAGCAUCGCUUCGAGCAUAGAAAAUGACAAUAUUUUCGUCGAAUCCAGCAAAGAAGACCUGCUAAGACCUCAGUCUUUGUUACAAGUCAACACAGAUCAUUUUAGACGAGCCUCAGACUCCACCUGUUUCGUCAAACACCAGGACAUAACAGAAAGAAACAACCUAGCUGAAGAAAUCAGGAAGCUCUCUGACAAACUCUUCAGGUUAUCCAAUCUAGACACUACAACCUUUACGAACGGUUCUUCGGAUGAACUACUUCAACCUCCAGACUUACCAAAAGACCAUCCGCAAAGUCCGGCAUGCGGAGUGCCUUGGAGGAGGACCAAGUUCAAAAUCAACAUCAACACGAGCAGGGAUGUGCCGAUGAGUUGCAGGAAUAUUUACAAAAGAUCUUUCGAAGAGAAGUGUACGAUCUCUAGGCAGUCUAGUGUUGAUGCAAACGGUACAAAAGAUCUAUUGUUGAAGUUGUUGGAUAAUUGGGAAGGACCAAGGGGGCCAGUGAGUAGAGCUGGCGGUGCUAGACAUGGUUCAGUGUCGUCGGAAUGGAGCGAGGAUGACAGUUUAGGGCAAAGGACAAUCAGUUCGUUGAAUAGUUUCUUUCAGAAUAGGGCCACGAAUAAAAAGAUUACUCAGUUUCAUUUCAACAAGUCGUAAAGUUUGAGUUAUUUAUCUGAAUGUUUUUUGAUUGAUUGGUGCGAAAUUAUAUUAAAAGGUAUAGUCUGUCCAACAACAGGACACAUGACAGUGACAGUUGUGUCUGUCGUUUUAAUGCACUCGAAAUUGUAUUUUUUGCUUUCCUAAUUCGUUGGACAGCUUUAUUGAUCCACUGAAGUAAAUAACGUUUUUGAAAAGUCUAAAAAAUUCCAAACCCAAGGAAAAAUAGAUUAUUUUGAAUUCUUAAGUUAGUACAAACAUUAAUACCCAAUUACAGAAAUACUAAAUGACUGACAAAACGAUUUAUCACCAUUUAGAGUCCAUUUCACUAGUCCGAAAAAGUAGCGAAAUAUGCGUUCGGCAUUUAACGUUUUAACUAAAACUGGCUAGGUAUUUUUACACAAACGAAGAAGGAAAUUAAAGAUAAUGGAUUAUACUAAAUCUGUAUUGUAGCAAAUAAGUCAGCAAAAUAUUCCUUAUGUUUGGACUAAAUUUUCUAGAAAAUAAAGACAUAAUUUUAAUUUCCGUUACAAUACGGAAACAGACUGAAGUUUUGUGGUUAUAGUGAUAUAAAAUUUAUAUGGUUUUGUAACAAAUUGUUCGCUAUUUUAUGGCAAAUGCUGAAGCUCUGCAAUCAAGCCUUAAUCAAAGCACUUGUGUUUGGAAUUUUGGGUGUGGCUUAACACGACAGGAUCGGGCUAAGCCUUAAGCCGCCAUCCCACGACGUGGAACUUGGCGAGUUUGGCGAGCUACGCGUCGUGGGAAUGAGAGCGCUCAUCGAUGCGACAAGCGGCUCGGCUCGGCGCGGUCUUCCGGUCAGUUGUCGGUAAAUGUGGUACAAGUCAAAGGAUGAACGAGCAUCGCAGGUUUGACUUGUCUGAAGUUGUUUCCUCGAAUCUCGUUGUCGAAUCAUUUCCUACCAUGCCCACGUAGGCUUGUAUUAAACAAAAAUGUUUUGCAGCCUCAGUAGCGUUCUUCAUAUCGUCGCAGAAUAAUCGUUGAGAUAGGUGUAUUUUUUGCAAUUAAGUUUCUCAUUUAUUUAUUUUUUGAAGAAUGGAGUGGUCAUAUGAACUGGUUAUAGAAUUUUUGGAACUUUAUGAAGGAGAACCAGCAAUUUGGAAUCCAAAGGACCCAAACCACAAAAAUAGAAAUAUUGUUCAUGAUAGUUGGAAAAGAAUUGAAAAUAAUUUAAGUGUCAAAUACACGGUGGCGGAACUUAAAUAGAAGAAAGAAGCAUUGAUGUUGACUACACACUGCCAGAAACAAAUAUACACUGCACUGUUUUCACUACUAUGCAACUUGACAAGUCCAGUCGACGGUCGCGCGCAAAUUUGCACUCGCCACGCGCCGCGCCGUGGGAAACAACCGCGCUCGCUGACUCGCCACUUGGCGAACUGACUUGCCAAGCCGAAAUUCGCCAAGUCCCGCGUCGUGGGAUGCCGGCUUUAGACAGGUUUCUGAAAUAUAAUAUAUAUUUCCUUUGGCCACACACCCGCUUUACCCGACCCGAACAGUACAGCGUAAUAGACUCUUUUUCUAAUAUAGAAAUUUUUAUACGAAAAAUUUCAAAGAGAGUCCGUUAAUUAGACGAAAUUUUGUUGUGGCAGCAACGACCAGCUGUCGAAAAUU